AUGACAAGACUUAUGCGAUUUCAUUUCAUUACCACGCUACACAAUAAAGAAAGAAAAAUUGCGACAACAGCAGCAAGCAAACAAACCAGCAAUAUAAUGGGGAGAAGCGUCCAGUAUGGUAAUUACAAUCGCAUAAAAUGGUGUUGUUUUAUAAACUUCAUUUCUACGCUUUAUUUCGGAUGUCGAGUAAAUGAGCUGGUGACGAAUACGAAGCACAUAAAAAAUUGGUUAAUUAAAUGCUUCGCUAAACAGUAA